AUUUUGGUUUACGCAAGGCUGGCUUGCGGAUCAUUUUGACUGACGACUUUACGGCCUAGGCACCGACUUGGCACCGACUACCAGGAGAACUGAGAAGGAUUAGACAUUUUGACAUGAUUGCUUUUUAAUGUUUGUAUUGAAGUUCUGAAGCUCUGAGGUACCUUCCCAAGAACUGUAUUGUAUCCAUUAUGAAAGCUAAAGACAAAGCAACACCACAAAGUCCUCUGAAACCUGUCAAAAAAGGCAACAUGAAAAGGAAGCUGGGCAUUGUCAACAGGAACACUGCAGACCAAGCUGGUAGUCCUGACAGUCGCUCAAAUGCUGUAAAUGGCACAAUUAUUCAGAAAAAUGUAAAACGAAAACGAACUGUGAAUCCCAAGCGCAAAAGGGCCGCAGUAUUCCAUCCUAAUGAGGAUAGAAGCUGUGGUGGGUUGGUAGCUAUGAGUCAAGAUGCAGAUAUCUCUGGUGAGAAGUCCACAUUGCAGUGUCCACAGCAAGCUGUACCACCAGAUCAUCCAUCACAUUCUGUCUCAGAGGCUUUGGUGAAACUUGUGUCAGCAGUGAAAGAUCUCUUCAAGCAGCAUAGUCUGCAAUCAAUGGUGGAGUUCAAUAUUCACAUUCCAAGCAAGUCAGAUGUGACCUUCCAACCAAAGUGUGAAGAUUUGUCUGAGGUUCAGAAGAGCCUGCAGUAUCUUUGUUUAUGUCUGCAGGACCUCCAGAUCCUGGUUGAUUUGGAACUAGCAGCUGCUGAAGCACAGGUCAAAGCACAUGCAUUGUUGCCAGCAGGGCCCACGCCAUCCGUGGCUCAGCCAGUUGCCGAAGACACCGCCGAAGCUGAGCGCGAGCUGUCGCCGCCGGCUGAGGAGACGGAGGACGACCCCGACUGGUCCGCUCCGUCCGACCACGAAGAGGAGGGAGAGGGAGAGGAGGAGGACGGGCCCGAGCCCCCACCCGCCGCCGGUCGCCGAACCGCCCGUCCCGCCGCCACGGAGCAGGCGUUCGUCUGUACCAGUGCCGGCUGCGAGCAGAAGAGCGGCGUUCCGCGCCGGUUCGCCUCGGAGAAGAGUCUGCGUAUGCACCGUGUGGCGUGCCACGGUGAGAAGAUGUCCAGCCGCCGGUACCACGAGUACACCUGUCCGCUGUGUGGCAGCGUGCAGAAACGACCCCGAGAGCUGGCCGCACAUAUUGUGACGUGUCAGGGCAGGGGCGAGGUGGCCGCGCCGCCGGCAGCCGACGGUGCCGAUCCGGCGGCCGGCGCGGACGGCUCCCAGUUCAUCAUGUGUCGGCUGUGUCACCUGUGCUUCCCGACCGGAGACAUGCUGCGGGCGCACAGCUGCCAGUACGGAGACGCUGGGGGUGUCAUACAGGAGCUGCUCGGCACCGGCACCCUGUCGAUCAGCGGCGCCGAGCUGGCGACUCUGCGCCGCUUCAUCUGCUACCAGUGCCGCGAGGAGUUCCGCAACCAGACCAUCUACCGCGUUCACCUGCAGUUCUGCCGGCCGCCGCCGUAUGCGUGCGAACUGUGCGGCGUGGAACUGCCCUGCGGCCGCCGACUGGUCAUGCACAAAAUGAGCGAGCACAGUAAGUCAAAUCGGCCGAUGUUUUUCUGUCGUGCGGACGGCUGCGGGCUAUCGUUCCGACGAAAUGCCGCUCUUCAGAAGCACAUGAUUCAGCGCCACUCUAACCAGCCGACCGGGCAGCCGUACGGCUGUGACGUGUGCGACAAAAAGUUCAUCAAGAAGAUAUACCUGACACACCACAAGCUGCGUUACCACCACGAUACGCUGCAGAGGGACUUUGUCUGUGAUGUGUGCGGCGCCCGGCUGGGCUCCAGCAGCGCUCUCACCGUUCACGUGCGCUCGGUGCACGCGCGGCCCGAGCACACGUGUCACGUGUGCGGCAAGGUGUUCUCGCGGCCCGACCGGCUGGCCAUUCACGCCAAAAUACACACCGGCGUGAAGCCGUACAAGUGCACCCUGUGUCCGAAGGCGUUCAUUCAGCAGUGUAAGCUGAAUGACCACCUGCGCCGGCACCGGGGCGAGCGGCGCUUCCGCUGUGUUAUGUGCGACAAGGUGUACGCGGCCAGCCAUGACCUGCGCUCCCACCUGCGACGGAUACACAGCGUGGACAUGGUGAACAAGACGCACACCAUCCAGCCGGUGGCGUCUCUGCUUCGGCCGCUGCCGCCUCCGGAGCCGGAGCCGGAACCGGAACCGGAGCCGGAGCCGGCGGUACAGGAGCCGGAUGGCGCGGAGCAGCAGCCGGAGGCGCCGCAGCACCAGCAGCUCUCCGCAGUGGUGCCCCAGACAUUGCAGAGCGUACAGCUGCACUCUGUGCAGGUGACGGCGCCGACGCCGACUCUGCACGUGCAGGACCUGUCGCAGCUGGGCGGCGGUCUGAUCCUGAUCCCGGCGGUGGACGCCAGCGGUGGCACCUCCUUCUACCCCAUCAUCAACCAGUGAGACGACGGGCCGUCCACGAAGAUGUCACCGUGUAUCAUCGUAUUCAUCAGCCAGUGAGCCGAGCCGUCCGACCGUCUGCCGCAGAUGCGACCGUCUCUGCCUCUGUGUCGGGCGGGUCGGCCGUCAGCUCUACUGUAACCAUCAUCAUCCUCGGCAUCAUCAACAGCUGAUUAGUGGCAGCGGUACAUUAUUAUCAACAGCAUGAGAACCUCAUCAUCACAUCAUGUGUUUUUUUACGAUUAUUAUAAUGUCGAUAUCAUGUGACCGUUAUUUAUUUCGUCCUCACACGUUAAUCGUUAUCCAAGCGACAUGUGCCCAUUUGAUGGCAGCUAUAUAAGAUCAGCACUGGCACUGAGCUAAGUUCGUUUUUAUAUCUUGUAUACCGGACGGAUGUCGUAACGAGAAAGGGAACAAAUCAUGCUUGUUGUUUUAUUGACAUGGAUGUGAUGCAUUGCCAUUUGUAUUUUAUUGGAGGUAUGGCGAGAAGAUUCAUUUUGCAUUCCGAUUGUUCUUUCCGAUUUUAGUGUCCCAUCGGCAUUUUUCGAUCAGCCGACCGACUAGGCACCUUGUGGUGUUUCAAUCUGCAGUCUUUCAACUGAAUGUCACUGGCUUAGAUAAGGAAUUGGUGGCUUGUGCAGACAUCAACGUGCGUGUUUCUCUGUUGGUUGUCCGUUGUGAACUGAACUACAGAAAUAAUCAUCUGAGAUACGGUUUCACCCCGCA